UGUCAGUUGCAGUCAGUUAGUGUUAGAGUCCCUCUAGUAGAGGUGCCUAGGUGUCCCUCUAGUUGGUGUCAGCCAGUGUCAGCUGAGUCCUCUUGUAGUUUGUGUUUGGACAACAAAACUCUAACCUGUCAAAUGUAUUCUGCUAAUACUUCUGAAAUCGAGAGUAUUGUUAAUACAUUAGACAAUGGUAUAAAUAAUGAGAGAAGUGUGGAGAAUACGAAUAUUUCGCUUGUGGGUAGAUUUGAGACUGCUACAAGUUUUGAAGAUACACUUGCUCAAAGAUUUCCUAAGGAUGAGGAGCAACAAAGUAAUAGAUGUGUUAAACAUAAAGCAAUUAAUUCACCAGAAGAAAAUUCUGUGACUUUUAUCGCUCUUGAUAUAGGAAAUUGUACGAAUUUAUGUGAUAUUUGCAAUAACGAUUGUAGACUGAACAUGCUUGAUAAAAUUUCUGACUUCGAAUGCGAAGUGUGCAAAAAGAAAUUUAUAGAUCAAGCCAAACUGAAUAAUCAUUUGCGUGUUCAUGGGAAAGGACCACCAGUUAAAACUGAUAAGCAAUUUCUGUGUGAUGUAUGUAGCAAAACAUUUGCAUCAAGAACUGGUCUAGGUUUUCAUUUGAGAACACAUACUGGGUAUAAGCCUUAUAGUUGUCAAUAUUGCAAUAAAAGUUUUACUAUAUCUAGCAAUAAAAUAAGACAUGAACGUACUCAUACUGGCGAUAAACACUUUGUGUGCCAUUUUUGUAACACUGCAUUUGCUUCAUCCAAUGGUCUGAAAUAUCAUAUGACAAUACACACAGGAGAGACCAAUUAUCAUUGUAAAACUUGUGGAAAAUCAUUCACACGUUUAAAAUAUUUAAAAGAACACAAUUUCACCCACACGGGAGAAAGGCCAUUUUCUUGUAAAAUCUGUGGUGUUUCAUAUGGUAAUUCUGGUAGUUUAUUUGUUCAUGAGAAGAAGUGCAAAGUGCAGUACAGCAAUUGUUGGUCUGAAGACAGUAAUGUUAAAGAUGCAUCAUAUCAUGCAAAUCAAGAGAACAAUGCAGACAUAAUGCACUUGAAAGAAUUUGGAGAUGCAGAAAAAAAGUCAGCAAGUCCGUGCACAUCAGAAAAAUAUGAGAUUUCUUACACAUUUCCACAAAAUUCUUGCGAAUUGGAAUCACGGAAUCAAACAAAUCGCUACUAUAAUGCAAGUCGGAAACCUGCCUCAGUUUCCGUAACCUCAUGGCAUUUUAAGUGGAGUGAUACAACGUAAUUUAAGAAAAAAAAAACAAAUUUCAUUUACAUUGAUCAGUUGUACAUAAAGAUAGUUCUUUUAUAAGCAGUACUGUAGCAAAGCAUGUAUAACAUGUUUUUAAUGAAAACAUACAAGCUCAUGUCGAGCCUUUAAUCAUCAGUAGAAUGGAUAUUUUAUUGCAUUUUUAAAAAGUAAUACAUGAAAUAGACAUUCAUAUAAUAUAAGUAAA